GGUCCCGUGUUCACUAACAUUUUAGGAUCAGGAUCAAGCUCAGAUCAGUUGAUCUGAUAAUUUGACUCACAUGAUCCUGAGCCGAAAUUUGGUGUUCACUAAACAAAAAAUGAUCGCGAUCAUGUGAGCCGAAAAUCAGGAUCAAUUGAUCGCGAUUGUUAAUUACAUAAGCGACCACCGGAAGACUCUUCAAUUGGAGGCGCUUGUUUUUGUUUACCGUCUGCAUCUCAGAAAAUGGAGCGAUUUCCUAACUGGACCGAAAAAGAGAAACUGUUCGUCAUUAGGAAAAUAAAUGAGUCGUACAGUCGCCUUUUUGGCAAAUUUAAAGGGGCGGCAAUGACCAAUAAAGAGAAGGACUGCCUUUGGCAGUCCUUGACGGAUGAAUUCAACAGUUCUGGCAUUGCACAGUGCAAGAGGACGGUUGAAAAUGUCAAAACUAUGUAUAAAAAUACAAAAGCAAGAGCAAAAUCAAAAGAAGGAGACAGAAAAAAAACUGGGGGAGGGCCCUUUAUUGCAUUAACCGCAGCAGAGGAGGAGAGUGUAGUUCUGCUUAGAAACAAUCCGCAGAUGGUAGGCAUUGGGGGUGGCCUAGAAUCCUCUGCCAUAUGUUCAACAGCCCCAUGUAAUGAUGCCUCUGAAGAGAAUGAAAAUGAUAAUGUUGAAAAUGGAAAAAACCCGAAAGCUGCUGAAGAAACUACAACAGCAGUAAGUGCAAUAACUUCUGAACCUCAACCUUUAAUUGAAGAAGAAGCCUCAAUAAGAGUGUCUGGGAAAGGUACAAAAAGGAAGCAAGAUGAGUUAUACCAGCUUGAAUUGGUACGAGCGAAGCUUGAAGGCGACCUCCUCAAGCAGAGACUUGCCCAAGAAAGGGAUUUAUUUGUUAUCAAAAAACAAAUACUUGAGGAAAGCAGGCAACAGGACAGGGAGCUUUUCACUUUGAAAAAAGAGCUGUUAACUAGCAACAUUGCUCGUGCUCUGGACGAGGGAUUGAUAAAUAUUGAAUCUUGAUUUUUAAUCCCAUGCCAUUAAAUGGGAAUGGGAUUAUAGAAAUAGCUUCCAUCUGUCAGUUUGUCCAUAUAUUUGUCUGUAUUUAUAUUCUUACAUACAUUUUAAUAAGCUCAACUUUUGCAAAGAAAAAAAUUGAGUUAAAUUCAUAUUUUCUGCUCCUGUACCUGUUGCCGUGCACAAACUUUACAUUUCUACUUGUUAUUUAUUAUCUCUUUCUUGCAUAUCAGAAUGGUUUCUCUUGCAUAUCAGAUUAGGUUUAAAAGCUUAGUUUAACCAUGCCAGGAAUUUCAUCAUGUUUGUUAUCAUGCAUUCUGACAUGACCCGCAUUUUUCACUAUUGAAUAUAGAAGAAUCAAAAGUGUGUGUUAUUAUGCAAUAAAGUCACAGUUGACGUUGUAUAUUAAGAUAUGUGACGUAAUCAUUACACAUGUGACGUAACCACUAAAAGAAUCCGACACGCUGAAAAUAAGUACGGAAACAAGUCGGACACAAAUUUUGCUUAAUGUCAGGUACUGCACCAUUAAUUUGUUGAUGUUGUGUUAGAAUCGAAAUAAUAUAUCCAAAUUGGUGAUUUUAUCGCUUGAUAACAUUACUGUUUGUCGUUCCGAUGCACAUCAUUAUAUCACUCUGGCUACGCCUUCGUGAUAUAAUUCCUCGCAUCCGAACUGCAAACAGUGACUUUAUUUAGCGAUAAAAUCACUGUUGGAGAUAACUUAUUUAUUAGAGAAAAUCACUGUUGAAGUUCUUUAUAACAAAUCAGGGACUAUUAAGCUUAUGGCAGCAUUUAUUUUGGAAUGUUGUGCAAAAUUAUAUAUCCCGAUUAGGGAUUUUAUUGCUUGAUUGAAUCACU